AUGUCUUCGGUACGGUAUUUCCUCUGCUUCCUUUCGCUUGUUCUCGUCACCGUCGCCUUGGACUGCAGAAAGUUCUCCUUUGCUCCCGCUUGUCGCGGGAUCAUGUUGAAGAGAAGCGGAGAAACGGCUCCACAUCACAACUUCAUCCAAAUGUUGGCUCAGAUGUCGGCCGAAGGUCAUGAGUGUGUCCCAAUCAGCUUCCUUCUCGACUCGCUUCAGUGUUUGUAC